AUGCAGUGCAUUACCAUCGCCCAGACCCCGCACGCUCCUACCCGGGACUUGCCUCCCUCGACGACCGUUCCGGCUGAGCUGCCGCCGGCCAAGGAGAUCAAACUCCAUCCCUCGGCUUCUGGAGAGGAGAAUGCGUCGCUAUUCUUUGUGGGCACGGCGACGACGAUUAUGUUCGUACGAACCUUACAUAGCCCUAACCCAACUUCCUGCACGCCGGUGACCAUGUCCAUCUCGGGCCCGGCGUGUCCAGCGUCCGCCGGACUCAACCUGGGGUGGAUUUGCAUGAACUGCCGAGGAUCGACUUGGUGCUCCUCUCCCACUAUCAUGGGUAUGUACCUACUUAGGUUCGCGCUACCCACGCAGCCAUCAGCAGCGACUGACCAGGACAGCGACCACUUUGACCAAAAGGUCGAGGCCUCCCUGCGCCGGGAUCUGCCCAUUAUCACCACCCCGCAUGCGCAGGCGCAUCUGACAGCCAAGGGCGCGGACUCGUUCACCUCCGUAGCUGCAUUGGAUCCCUUCGAGCAUGUCCUCGUUGAUAUUGAGGGCGUGCAAGCCAACAAACGAGGCAGGCAUCCUCGACUGCGCGUCACCGGCAUGCCGGGGAAGCACGUCCCUCCGAACCCGAUCGUGGAGAAGCUGAAUGCGCUGGCCAAUGCGGUAGGCUCUUCUGUCUCAUCAAUGUCUUAA